UUCCAUGCUCCCAAAAUGGGACAUAAAGUGGUCGUAUUUGACAUUUCUGUCGUCAGAGCCUUGUGGGAAUCUCGCGUCAAGAAGCACAAAGCUUGGCAGAAGAAGGAGGCAGAAAGACUCCAGCAGAGUGCAUUGGAAAAGAUAAAGGAAGAGUGGAAUUUCGUGGCCGAGUGCAAGAGGAAAGGCAUCCCCCAAGCCCAGUACUGCAAGAAUGGUUUCGUAGACACCAGCGUGAGGCUGCUGGAAAAGAUCGAACGCAAUUCUCUGGCGAGGCAGAGCUCGCUUUCCAAGGAGAGAGACAAAAGGCGGAGUCCGUUUGUGUUUGAACUUUCGGGGCAGCAGUGGACGGAGCUCCCAGAUUCGUUGAAGGAGCAGACCCACCUGAAAGAAUGGCAUAUAAACAACACCCUGAUUCAAAUCAUUCCUACCUAUAUUGAGCUGUUUCAAGAGAUGAGAAUUCUGGACCUACCAAAAAACCAAAUCUCAUGUCUUCCAGCAGAAAUUGGUUGUUUGAAGAACCUGAAAGAACUCAACGUGAGUUUCAACCGUCUGAAAAGCAUUCCUCCAGAACUGGGAUAUUGUGAAAAUCUGGAGAAACUGGACUUUUCUGGAAAUCUAGAAUUAACUGAGCUUCCCUUUGAAUUAAGUAAUUUGAAGCAAGUUGCAUUUGUGGAUAUCUCAGCAAACAAGUUUUCCAGUAUCCCGAUCUGUGUCCUGCGGAUGUCUGAUUUGCAGUGGCUGGAUGUCAGCAGCAAUCACCUGAAUGACCUGCCACAAGAUAUAGACAGGCUAGAGGAACUGCAGACUUUCCUCUUGUAUAAAAACAAGCUGACAUAUCUCCCUUAUGCCUUGCUGAACCUAAAGAAGCUCACCUUGAUCGUCGUCAGUGGGGACCAUUUGGUGGAGGUCCCAACUGCCCUUUGUGAUGCAUCCACACCUGUAAAAUUUGUAAGUCUUAUGGACAAUCCCAUUGAUAACACCCAAUGUCAAGAUGGCGAUGAGGUGAUGGAAAGUGAACAGGAUCGCCAACAUUUUGAUAAAGAAUUUAUGAAAGCCUAUCUUGAAGACCUUAAAGAAAGAGAAUAUGUUCCCAGCUACACCACAAAAGUAUCUUUUAGUCUUCAACUUUGAUACAUUGGAAGACUGCAAAAUCUUGCUAUCCUGUGGCACUAUAAAACUGUUAGUUAUGGAUCAUGUCAAAUAGAAAUAUUAAGGAUGAAGUCUAGGAAUGAUGGUUAUCAUUGUUAGGAAAAUUAUUUUUCAAAUUUCAAAUAAAUGAAUACCUCCUUCUUUGGACUGGAGAGCUGGUAAAUGGGUUUAUACGUUGAUAAUUACAGGUUCAUUUGAACAUAAUUCUUUCCAAGCAGUGCACAUUUAACAUUUUAGACUGCGUAUAUUAAAAAAUUAUAAUUUGAAUACCAAAUUUUGAAGCUGAUUGCAUCAAGGGAUAAAAGCGUUGUAAAAAGAGCAUUUAUAUUGGACUAAUCAGAUGAGAAUUUUUUUUAUUUUGUUAUUUUGAAAGAGUUUUAAUGAAUUAUUUCUUUUAGUAAGAAUGAUUUUCCUGCUAUUUACAUAAUUUUUAAAUUAAGCUUUGGCAAGUGAGGAAACCCUGGUGGCGUAGUGGUUAAGUGCUACAGCUGCUAACCAAAGGGUUGGCAGUUUGAAUCUGCCAGGUGCUCCUUGGAAACUCUAUGGGGCAGUUCUACUCUGUCCUAUAGGGUCGCUAUGAGUCGGAAUCGACUCGACGGCACUGGGUUUGGGUUUGACAAGUGAAGACUCCCCUUGAAGCCCUCAGGGGAGAUUUUAGUUAUAAGCUGGACCUUGAAGGUAGUAAGAAGGGCUGGAAGGUCUGCCCAUGCAUUGGACAUGAGAUGCUCAGAUGGUGUGCUGGUAGCCCUGGUCCAGGAAGUAUGGACAUGGCUGGCCACAGGAAACCUUGAAUGGCCUACGUAGAUGGCUAUCCUACUCUGAGUGGACGCCUUGAGGGUCCCGGGAUCUACCUUAGAUCAAUGAGCAGGGGCAAUGUCCUCUGGGCCCCUUCCUCCUGACUUCACCCUAAGGUGGCCAUGCAGAGUAAUGAAGAAGAUAACUAAUCUCCAGUGAUGAAGAACCCCUAGCAAGCCUUUCUUGUGGGUACCACACGUGAACUCUGCCCAUGACCAAGAUGCUGCAACCCAGAGGGAACCCAUGAGACUGUGUUUACAUUGGUGAAGACGGGAUUUAUUAUAGGCCUUUGGACUCUUUUAUUGUGAUGUAUGAGUUGGAGGAAUUGUACACAUAGCUCUAUUUUUAUACCAUUGUCUUGGGACGAAAUAAACAGGAUUGUGAUUGAUUGCCUUCAAUAUAAGCUUAAGCAAGUAGCCUUUUAUCAGUAAGGUAGAAAGAUAUGCAUACAUUCACAUAUAUUUAUAGUUGAAUUGACUACUAGAUGAUCUAGAACUUCCUGCAAUGAUCGGAACAUUCUAUAUCUACACUGUCCAGUACAGUAGCCACCAGACACCUGUAGUUCUUGAGCACUUGAAAUGUGGCUAGUGUAAUGAUGAUGAACUAAAUUUUUAAUUUUAUUUAAUUUAAACUUAAAUAGCCACAUGGCUACCAUGUUGGACAACACAGGUCCAGCCAGUCGGGUCUUUUGGAAGUUAACCUGUGGGCUAGAAAUGAAGGAUGAUUUUUUAUUUUCUUUUGUCUGAAGAUCUAGUCUGUCCCCAGAGGCAUGCCUUUAAAAAGGAUUACUUUUAACAUCCCAAUAUUUUAUCUUGGGGGGCUUAGUCAUAAUUCCGAACUCUAUCCUCAGCAGAUAUUAAACAGACAGAGCAUUCUAUAAAUCACUGACUUAUAGGAGUCAGUAGAGGAUUGCUUCAACUUAAAAACAAACUCUAAGAAGUAGGUUAAGAGAUGUAAAGAGUAGGAAAACGAGAAAGCACUUUUACUGAACCUUAAACAAUUGUAUUUUUCUUUUUAACACUUUAAAAAUGUAAUUCAAAUUUAUUAGCUAUAUUACUUGAAUAAUUGUGGAAUUUCAGUCCAUGCCAAGGUAUAUAUUAAAUAUAGUCAAACGAAAAAUAUAUCUGAAAAGGGGGUAAAUGUAGGCUUUGAUACAAAUUGGCUAUGCGUCUUUUAAGUGAAUUUUAUUUCAAUAAAAUUAGUCUUUUGUUCAAAAACCUUGCCUUGGUGAUACAAAUAAAUGAAAAAAUAUCGUAUUGAUAUGUAAUUAUUUUGUGCUAUGUGAUAUCCCCAAAUAUAUUGUUUGAAUAUGAUGCUUCUAGUGAUACUAUUUCUGUAAUUACUCAUAUAAACCUAAAAAUGCAGGACGGUUCUAAAGUAGAACGUGCAUCUUAGUGGAAAUAUCUCGUAGACAUGAAAAUUGUAAUUACAAAUUUUACAUUAUGUGUAUAGACUUGAUAAUUUGGCAAAGUCAUAACAAUGUAUGUAUGAACAUUAAAGCUGUAUGAAUGAAAGAAUAAAGUAAUUCUUAGAAGAAAAAUAA